ACUUCUACUCCUUAAGAGUUGUCAAAUGCUGGAACUCACCGACUGUCGAGCUAGUCCGAGCGAAUUCCCAGGAGUCUUUUAAGAGGGAACCUGAUCUAUUCUUAAGGUCUGAGGAUAGUAUCUUACUAUGAUUUACCAAUUUCUUUUUCCUCUUUUAUCGUAAACAUACCUAGGUCCCUGCCUGGAGGUAUUGGUGAUCCUCUGCUACUAGACACGGAAGCCUGUUAAGCGAAAGCUUCUAUUCCGUCCACAACCAUUUGAACCAUUUGUUUGUUGGAUGUCACCGAAACCGAAACCUGCCCGUAAGCGCUCGUUGGCGGCGACAGCGUAACAUUAAGUUCGUUUGUGCAUCCAAAUGAAUCCAGAUUAUGAUUAUCUACUUAAGCUACUACUGAUCGGUGAUUCGGGAGUGGGGAAAUCAUGUUUGUUGCUAAGAUUUGCCGAUGAAACAUUUAAUGAAACGUAUAUCAGUACUAUCGGUGUUGACUUUAAAAUACGCACCAUUGAUUUAAAUGGUAAGGUUGUGAAACUCCAAAUUUGGGAUACUGCUGGUCAAGAACGUUUCCGAACAAUUACUUCUUCAUACUACCGCGGUGCCCAAGGAAUUAUAAUUGUGUAUGAUAUAACAGAUCAGUCAACAUUUGCAAACGUCCAAAGUUGGCUCCAUGAGAUCAGUUGCUAUGCUAACUCUACAGUCAGCCGUCUUUUAGUGGGUAACAAGUGUGAUUUGGCGAAUCGACGUGCUGUUGAGACGUCUGUUGCGAAGGAGUUUGCUGAUAAAAAUCAAAUGUCUUUCAUAGAAACCAGUGCCAAGGAUGCCACUAAUGUUGAAAACGCAUUCUUAAAAAUGGCUGAAAAGAUUCAAGAAAAUGCAACACCAGUACAAAAUAUGUUGUCUUCUACUGUACCAGUUAAUAGUACACAACCUGUCAAAAAAAGUGGGGGUUGCUGUUAAAUAUUUCUUGGUAAUCUUAAAUCUAUCCACCCUCAACUUUAUUAUGGUUUAUUUCUAUGUGAUUGUGCGCUUAUCAAAACAACUAUUCAUCUCAUUCUCCUUCCUUCAUUACUAAACUUGUGAUAUUAUUUUGUGUCUGAAAUUCUCGGAACAGGACAUCGCAGGAUUGUAUUUGUAUUCAGGUGUUUUAUUGAUCAGUACAUUUACUAUCCUGUUCCAGUUGAGUUUUGCUGGUGUAUUUUAGUUUCAUUUUGAAAUAAAUUACCAUCGUUUCCUUCUCAUCUGAGGUCCGAUUUAUUACCACCAACACAAGACUGCACUAAUAUUUUUUUGAAAACUUAUACACUCUAAAAGCUCUCGUUUUCGUUGAAAACAAAAAAAUGAUCUAUGUACCAUAUCUAUUCGUUCGAUUUUUCAGUGGCAUUAAUAAAAAUAAUCUUAUUUGUUUAAGGGAUUUUAUUAACUGUAUGCGAUAAAUCUUUUCAUUCCUUUUUUAUGUGGUGUUUUACCAUGUCAAAGUCGUUUUAUUAUUUAGAUGUAUGUAUUUGGUCACCUGUUUAGGACUAAAAAUAAAAGCUAGUUCGGUUUGUAAUAAGUGUAUCUCAGCUCUGCUUCACCUUGGUGCACUAAAUAAAAAGUGGAAUUCUAAAACGCACCUUAUCUAAAAAUUAUUGAGAUUUAAAGUGAUUAAAUAAAUGUCCAACUUCUGUUACUCUUCAUGAGCGAUGGUCAAAUAAUUUUACUCUAAUUCUUCAAUAUUUUCAUGUUAAUUGUAAAGGUAAGCAUCCACUCACAGGGUUUGAUAUUGAAUCCGUAGGAAACAGUCAUGUAUUGACAGCGAGUUCAAUAACGUAGGAGGAUAGUGGCAUGGUCUAUUCUUCCUAAAAUCCUGAUUAUCUAACAAUUUUACUAUCUGCAACAGUCAGUCAUAGACAACUUAGUACUCUUCACGAAUGCUCAUUUACCCAAGUUAACACACGUUGUGUCAUUACAGAAAAAAAUAAAGUGGAAAACAAAAUUGUGAAGAUGAUAGUAUCAGUGGUAUCAAGAAACUCGACGGAGAAUCGGCUUCAAAUGGAAAUAAUUAAAUCGGUCGGCGAAACCAUAUUGAGACUCAAAGCUAAGAGGAAGAUAAAGAGUCGAUUUAUUUGUGCUGUUUACGCCCAUUUCAAUCCAUGAAACUUGUCCCCAACCGGAAAUUGUGGUCGUCAUACGAACUCCAUCAGAAAUACCAGACAGAUUUACAAUAUUCAGUUAGUUGGUCACUCUACGGGCUCAUUACUAAUCGGUCUGGUCGCCCAUAACCUUUCCACAGCUUGCUCCUAUGCCAAAUAUUGCAUGUUUGGGUUAAUGGUUGAGCGUUCGUAAUAUAUCCCAACCGUCUCGCCCAGUGUUUAAGAUGUUCAACUUCCAGCCUCCAAGCCCCAAGUUCGGACCCUGCUCUACUUCGGCUGUGGGGGGUCAGGUGGUUAGCUCCCACACUUAGAGUGUGGCUCAUAUCUAAGUACCUUGUAAAUGAGUUAGUUUGGUCUCCUAGUGCAUAUCUUGCUCCAAACCUGAGCUUCGCCUACUUAAUACUUACACCAAUAUAUUUUAGUUUGUUAGUAAUAACCUAUGCAAGUUCCACAUCCAUAAAUUCAUACAGCUAGAUGCUAAUGAAUAUACUCACCCUACGAUAAACGGGAAGACAUCGCCCCGGCGAUGCGAAAUAUCAAUGACCGAGUAAGAUCUUUGCUGAGUUCUCGUUAGCCAUCGACCAACUGUUUAUUGAGUCUUGGAAGAUAAGAUGAGUGGUCAGCAUGCUCAACAAUCUUACUUCUGUUAGUUAGACGGGAUUUCCGGAGACCAAUUUUUAAGCAUUCGGGACAUUCUUGUGUGGUUGCUCCAGGAGUUGUAGGGGUUCCCCACAAUGCUAGCACCAAUCGGGACCAAUUUAUGUAUAUAAGAGAUUGCAAACAUUGGGUUCUGGUUUUAAUCGGUUAAUUACUUGGUCAUUUUCUGUGAAUAUAUUCCAGGUCACAAUUUUAAAGUCAGCAAAUAAAUUGGGAAUGGUACUUUAACAAAGGUGCUUAACGUUGGUUGGUUUGCACCCUUCUCAUGAGAGUCGAACAUCUAAAUGAUAUAGCUAGAUAAAAAUUGAGUUGUGGAAUCAGGGAAUGAAUCAGUAAAAGAAUGGUUGCAAUCAGAUAAAAUUAUGAUAUCCAUCCAUCCAUAAAUAUUAAUUGUCAAGUAAAUUUAUUCCAUGUAAU